CUUUGAUCAUCUAUAUCAAAAAUCAAUUCAAAACCCACGUACAAAAAUCUUUCAAAUGGGUAAAAUCUUAACAUUUCUUUUAUGUAUUUUGGUAUCAAACUUAGUCUUAUCAUCCCAUGCUCAAGAUUGUAGCACUUAUAGAUUUACAAAUAAUGCAAUAUAUGCAACAUGUGUAACUUUGCCUGUUUUGAGCUCAAAUCUUCAUUGGAAUUAUCAACCUAGCAACGGCACGGUCGAUAUAGCGUACCGACACGCGGGCGUGUCUACGUCUCAAUGGGUUGCAUGGGCCUUGAACAUAAAUGGAACCGGUAUGGUUGGUGCUCAAGCUCUAGUUGCUAUACCAAAUUCAAAUGGGUCAGUUCAAGCUUAUACUUCAUCGGUAACGGGUUAUGGUACUACGUUGCAACAAAGCCCGUUGAGCUUCGAUGUCCAAGAUAUUAGAGCUGAGAGAGUUAAUGGUGAUGUGGUUAUAUAUGCAACUUUGGUUUUGCCUAGUGGAAGAACCAACUUUAAUCAAGUUUGGCAAAUUGGCCCGGUUUCUAAUGGAGCUCCUAGUGCUCAUGCUAUGGGUUCGGAUAAUAGGGCGUCGCUUGGAAGCGUGGAUUUCGUCACCGGGCAAGCUGGUGCUGGUGGUAGCGUUGGUGGUUCGCUUCUUCACCGAAGAAACACUCAUGGAGUGUUAAACGCGGUGAGUUGGGGAAUAUUGAUGCCAAUGGGAGCUAUGAUUGCAAGAUACGUGAAGGUAUUCAAGGUGGCUAACCCUGCCUGGUUUUACCUCCAUAUUACUUGCCAAGUUAUUGCCUAUGGUGUUGGUGUAGCUGGAUGGGGGACUGGUCUCAAGCUCGGAAGUGACUCCGAGGGACUGAAAUACACUAGUCACCGCAACAUUGGUAUUACCCUCUUUGCCCUUGGAACCUUACAGUUAUUUGCACUUCUGUUGAGGCCGAAGCCCGAUAACAAAUACAGAAAGUACUGGAACAUCUACCACGCGGGUGUAGGAUAUACUGUGAUCACCCUAGGCAUUAUCAACGUGUUCAAAGGGCUCGAUAUCUUGGACCCUGAGAAGAAAUGGAAGCAUGCAUACCUUGGUGUACUUAUAUCUUUGGGAGCCAUUGCAGCUCUCUUGGAAGCUUUUACAUGGUUCAUAGUUUUGAAGAGAAAGAAGGAAGACAAAGAAGGACACGUAGGGAACGGUGCUUACACAACAAAUGGUAACGGCCACGGCCACAGCCAGGCGGCAUAGAGAUAAAGCUUCAUGAAUUGGUGGUGGCUACUUCCAGUUUUCGAGGUUUUCUGAUCAAAUAGUUGAGUAGGUCAUGUUUAUAUUUCUUGUUUUUGUGGAGAUUGAUUAUUAUUGAUAGUUAUAUUCUUUGUGUACUUGGAUAUGGGUUGUAAUAUUUUUUGUAUUAGAUACAGAUAUAUACAUGUUUGUAUCAUUGU